AAAUCUUUAAGUAUACCUGAAAUUGUAAGCGUUAUCGUACGCUCCAAAUACAUGUCGCCUCUCUUCAAAACUUCAACAAAUAUUGUUUCUAUGAAGUCAGAAAUUCCUGUGCUUUUUGUCUUAAAAGUUUCGACGACAUCUUUUGACUGGAUGAAGCGCCGGGAAGAUCUGCUGCGUCCGCCAUCGUCGUGUACAGAUUCGGCAGGAUUCGGCAAAAGAUGCUAGAAAUAACAUGUAACGAUCGUCUUGGGAAAAAAGUUAGAGUGAAGUGUAAUCCAGAUGAUACAAUAGGUGACUUGAAAAAAUUAAUAGCAGCUCAAACUGGUACUCAUUGGGAAAAGAUUGUCUUGAAAAAAUGGUAUACUAUCUUUAAAGAUCACAUAAAACUUCAAGAUUAUGAAAUUCAUGAUGGUAUGAAUUUGGAACUUUAUUACCAAUAAUUUAUUAAUAAUGUUAUAUAAAUUAACGUUAGACGUAAACAAUAAUAUAACAACAAUAGUAAUUUGUAUAUUUAAAUGAAUUCAUGAUUUUCUAUCUUACAUAAUGUUUAAGCGUACAGUGUACAUAAUAACUAUACAAUAAACAUAAGUAGUAACCACAAA